GGGCACAAGUUUCGAAUCGGUUCGUUGAUAACGAGGACGACGAUCGCAUGACGAUGCCCGGAGCCGGAUCCAAUGGUAUGUUUCAGUUACGUAGCCGUUUGUCCCUACACGGCCAGACCCACGAUUCUCAAGGCCGAGCUUCCCAUGUCCCCUGAUCGUACCAUCCUCCGCACCGGCGGCACCUCCUCCUCCUCUCGCCGCCGUGACCUCGUGUUCGUCGUCAAUCCCCGAGGUGCCAAUGGUAGAACAGCUAAGGAAUGGAAAAAGCUGCUUCCUUUCCUCCGGUCCCGUCUUGAUAAAGACUGUAAUUUAUCACGUGAUGGAGUCUGUUUCCAUAUAGUUGUUUCGACUAUCAGUGAAUCUUUUACAUCGGGUCCUUCUCAUGCCAUUGACAUUACUAGAGAGGCUAUUAAGGAUGGUGCUGAUGCAGUAAUUGCAGUAGGAGGUGAUGGAACCCUUCAUGAGGUUAUUAAUGGAUUCUUUUGGGAUGGGAAACCUCUUGCUACUCUCAACAAGGUGGCUACUCAUUCGACUGCUCUCGGUCUCAUUCCCCUUGGUACUGGAUCUGAUUUUGCCAGGACAUUUGGUUGGAAAAACGAUCCUUGUGAAGCCAUCGAACGCAUUGCAAGAGGGAUGAGAACAUGGAUCGAUGUCGGUGUUAUUGAUAAAAAAGGAAAGGAUUUGCAUUACUUUGUUAACGUUGCGGAUAUUCAUUUAAGCGCAAAGGCUGGUUACUAUGCUUCAAAAUACAAGAAAUUCGGGAACUUGUGCUAUGUAAUCGGCUCCCUUCAAGCUUUUAUGGGACAUCAUAACCGAGAUAUGAGAAUCAGGGUCAAUGGAGGAGAGUGGAAGACCUAUCCUCAAGUCACAGCCCUCUGCAUUGGAAAUGCGAAAUAUUUCGGCGGCGGAAUGAAAAUCACGCCCAAUGCUGACCCUCGAAAUGGAAAUCUCGAGAUUGUGAUCCUGCAGGACUUCAAAUGGUACGACUUCGUGCUGAAACUGUAUAAGCUAUACAACGGGACGCACCUGUCAGUCGAGAAUGUGACUUCACUGAGUGUACAAAGUAUUGAAGUGGAGGAGAUUAAGGAUAGCGGAAGCAUCUAUGUUCAGUCCGACGGCGAACAUUUAGGAUUUCUUCCCCGGAAGUUCUGCGUGAUGCCCGGCAUCAUCGAAAUGAUAUGCUGAUCACACCCACUGGCGGAUCACAGAGAAAAAUUCAGAUAGUGGCGACCAAAAGUGUAGAAGAGGAGAGCCCUGAAAUCAGAUCAGAUCAGACAAAAUAUCUGACUCGUGUUAAGAUUCAGUUGUUGUUGUUUUGUCAUGUCGUGUUCUGACAUUUGCUUGCGGCUGAGCCUCUGAUAGUCAAAUUUUACUGUAAGAGAUCUUUUUUUAGUAUCUACGAAUCUAAUUGUGUA